AUGGAGUAUGCUGAUAGGUACAACUUGGAGCCUCUUAUACCGCUCGCAGAGUACCUUUUCCACAGGUUAUUCCAACUGAAUUGUCAUACGGUAUUUGGAGUUCCAAAUUAUUCAACAGCAAAACUGUAUGGUGCCCUUGCAGCCACUGGAAUUCAAUGGAUUCAGACUAUUAACCAAUUGAAUACGUCAUUUGCUGCUGAUGCAUAUGGUAGGACUAUUGGCAUAAGUUGCUACAUAACUAGCGAAUCUGCGGAAUUGGCACAUAUUAACGGAUUUUUUGGCUCCUAUUGCGAGUACGUGCCGAUUUUACAGUUGGUUAUAUUAGAGCAUUCUCAUGACCUAGAAAGGCUCAUUGGUGAUGUAUCCAUAUUUCAUGAUAUUGUGGAUGAUCCUGCAGAAAUAGAUUUCGGACUUCGAACGCUGUUUUGGGGUAAGAGACCCGUUUACAUGGGUCUUCGAUCUAAAGAUAUUUCAAGAUUAGUGCCAAGCAUUGCUCUAAACCAGAGUAUAUUAAAUAAAGAAACACCAGCGCCCUUUUCCUCAUCUCUUUCUCUCUCGAUUGCUCGGUACCAGCAGAGGCAGCAAGAACAGAGCAUUGUUGGGGACAUAGUUGAUCAGAUAUUGUCCAAGCUAUACUCUUGUUCUACUCCGAUAAUAGUGGUUGAUGCACUGAUUGAUAGAUACAAUUACAAUGACAUGUUGCAAAACUUCCUUGCGGAAACAGGAAUACCUUUUGUAACUACGCUAAUGUCCAAGGCUGCUAUCAAUGAAAGUUUGCCUAACUUUAUCGGCACUUUCUUGGGGACGUUAUCGCACCCUACAGUUCGUGAAUACAUGAAUAAUUCCGAUUGUACGCUUAUACUGGGUUGUGUGAUUGACAAUUUUAAGAAUUCGUACUGUAGGUUUUCGUACAAAAACAAGUGCCAGAUCAUGCUAUGGAAUGACAGAGUCAAGAUAGAAAACAAUUUAAUUCCAGAUGUUCCUAUUCAUGAGAUUCUUCCUCAGCUUAUAGCAAAAAUUGACGCAUCAAAGCUCUCUAAUCUGUACGCCGUCACAGUUCCCGAUAUGGUUCCAAGAGUUGAACCCAAGCCGGUUACUUUUCUCAGACAGGAGUACCUAUGGUUCAGAAUGUCCACUUGGUUAAAAGAAGGCGAUGUUAUCAUUUCUGAAUCCGGUACAUCCGCGAUCGGCUUGUUGCGUCAGAAAUUCCCGGAUAAUUCAAGGCUUGUAUCCCAGACCAUCUGGAAUUCUUCAGGAUACUCCAUUGGAGCUUGCCUUGGUGUCCUGACAGCGUAUAGAGAUUUGGGGAAGCUGGACAAGCAUCGGAUCAUUUUGAUCGUAGGUGAUGGUUCGCUACAAUUCACUUUCCAAGAAUUGAGUACCAUUCUCACUCAAGGUUUUGAACCGUACAUCUACGUAGUGAAUAACCAAGGUUAUACCGUCGACAGAACCUUGAACAAGGAAAAGACUCACACGAAUGCCACAUACUUCGAUAUUCAACAAUGGGAAAUACUCAGCAUACCGUCACUUUUCAAUUCAAGAGAUUACUUCAAGAGAAAAUGCAUGACCGUUGGAGAAUUGAACAGCCUCUUGAAUGAUGAAGAAUUCAAUGACCCGCGACGGCUCAAGAUAGUCGAAUUGAUUCUUCCUUCUAUGGAUGUUCCUGUUCUCCUUGAACCUCAUGACGAUAGUAGUGAUGAUGAACUUACUCCUCAAAGCAAAAGAGUAAGACUUUAG